AUGAGCGAGAGAGAGAUAGAGAGAGCGUCGUGGGUUGGAGGUGGGUGUGGUGGGGGCGGGCGGCGGCGGAGGAACCGUCGUGGUUCCUGCAGAAGAGGAGGGUGGGGCGGUGAGCAGAACAAAACGAGAGGAAGGAGGGAGAGCGGCGGAGGGGAAUGGUUGCAGAGGUAG